ACUGAACAAAGUGAUAAUUUUUUAUUACAGCAAACCGGGUUGUCCUAAAAAAAUUUUCUUCAAUUGAAUUUUUUCUUUUGAAGUUUAAACCCUAAACCCUACUGAAAAAAAAAAAGUGAAAUUUGUUUGUAAUAGAUUCAAAGAGCAAAGAGGAAGAAAAUAGAACUCUGAAACUUCGAUCUUCAAAUGGCGAAUAAAAGCUCAACUUCAACCAAAUUUGAUGCCCCAUUGUCUCAUUCAACCAACAAAGCCACUCACAAUCGAGAUCAGUUCUUUGUAUGGAGAGAGUUUGUAUGGGGAGCCAUUGCGGGAGCCUUUGGAGAGGGGAUGAUGCAUCCCAUUGAUACCAUAAAGACAAGAAUUCAAAGUCAAGUUCUUCUUAGUGGAAGUCAGCAGAGUCAAAAGAGCAUAGUGCAGAUGGUUCAAACUGUCUGGGUUGCAGAUGGCUUAAGAGGCUUCUAUAGGGGUAUAGCUCCUGGAAUUACUGGAUCUCUAGCUACUGGAGCAACAUACUUUGGUUUCAUAGAGUCCACUAAAAAAUGGAUUGAAGAGUCACAUCCUAACCUUGGGGGCCACUGGGCACAUUUCAUUGCUGGAGCUGUUGGUGAUACACUUGGUUCUUUUGUAUAUGUUCCAUGUGAAGUGAUGAAGCAACGCAUGCAGGUUCAAGGCUCGAGUAACUCUUGGAAUUCUGCUAUUAUGAAAGACAAAAUGCAAAUGAAAUCCGGUGCAGAAAUGUAUGGUUAUUACACAGGAAUGUUCCAAGCUGGGCAUUCAAUAUGGAAAGAGCAAGGACUUAAGGGAUUAUAUGCUGGGUACUGGUCCACACUUGCAAGGGAUGUGCCAUUCGCUGGUCUUAUGGUUAUGUUCUACGAAGCCCUGAAAGAUUUGACCGAGAAAGGGAGACAAAAAUGGGCUCCUAAUUUCCAUGUUGAUGGUUCUAUGGAGGGACUCAUACUAGGAGGAUUGGCUGGUGGGUUUAGUGCAUACCUUACCACUCCCUUGGAUGUAAUAAAAACAAGAUUGCAAGUACAGGGAUCAUCCACAAGCUAUAAUGGCUGGCUGGAUGCGAUGAAUAAAAUCUGGAAAACUGAAGGCGCAAAGGGAAUGUUCCGAGGAAGCAUCCCCCGGAUCACAUGGUAUAUUCCGGCCUCGGCUCUUACCUUCAUGGCUGUCGAAUUCCUAAGAGAACAAUUUAACAAGAAACUGGACGACGACAACAUGCAAGAAGUCACGAGCUUGUCAAUCGAGAAACCGAAAUCUUCUUUUAAAGAGGUAACGAAAUUAGAGCAAUGACAAUUUCGAGAUGCUUAAUGUUUUGCAGACAUUAACUAAUUAGCUCCAUUACUUUGCCAUUUAAGUAUAUUGUCUUCUUGUAGUUUUCAGCCAUUUAAGGAAAAUAAAUUU